AUGGCGGAGCAUGCAAUCAUUAACGAUGAGACAUCGAUGGAGCUCCCAGCCCUUCCACCCCAUCAGGGGGUUGAGGCGAUGAAGGAUAUUGUCUUUGGAUCGGUAAGGGAACUUCUCGGCAUAUGCACAUUGAGGUAUGGGGAGAUGGGGGCGUGGCUGACCGCACAACAGGCUGCGGGUAUGGCAGGGAAGAUCAUUGAAUAUCCCUUCGACACUGUGAAAGUCCGACUGCAAUCUCAACCAGAGCAUGUUCCCCUUCGAUAUACGGGUCCACUGGACUGCUUCCGUCAAUCCUUCCGGGCCGAUGGCAUCCGGGGCCUCUACCGAGGCAUCAGUGCUCCCAUGGCUGGGGCUGCCGUGGAAACCAGCUGUCUCUUCUUCAGCUACCGCAUUAUCCAGGAUGUCCUGCGAGCAACCCUGUACUCGACCGAAGAAUUGCCGUUCCCCGCCCUUGUGCUCAGUGGAGCAGCCUCCGGCUCAUUGACCUCGCUGGCGCUCACGCCCAUCGAGCUGAUCAAAUGCAAGAUGCAGGUCCCCCUCGAGUCUGCCGGCCCCAAAGCCCCGGGUCCCUUGGUUCUCAUUGCGUCCAUUUUCCGCCAGGAAGGACUGUUGGGGUUCUGGCACGGUCAGCUGGGAACCCUCAUUCGGGAAACGGGGGGCAGUGCAGCCUGGUUUGGUGGCUACGAGGGGGUGUCAUCGCUCUUCCGCCAAUACUCCGAGCCCCGGUCACAGUCCGCCUCGGAACCGCUCCCUGUCUACCAGCAAAUGAUUGCCGGGGCUACGGCCGGGAUCAGCUAUAACUUCUUGUUCUAUCCCGCUGAUACCAUCAAAUCCCGCAUGCAAACCGAGGAUCUCUCGCGGCUGCCGGCCAACGGGAGUCGGCAAAGCUUCUGGAACGUGGGGGCGGCGUUGUGGAAACAGCAGGGCUUGAAGGGCAUGUAUCGUGGGUGUGGGAUCACCUGCGCGCGGUCAGCGCCUAGCUCUGCCUUCAUUUUCUCCGUCUAUGAAGGAUUACGACACUAUUUUGGAUGA